GGAGGGCGCAGUGAGGGGGUGAUUAGUUGCCGGACGGAUCGUGGCAGCAGCAGCGCAGACUUCAGUGCGCAGCGCUACCAGCGUCGGUGCUUUCUUCUUCUCUGAGCGGUAAGUGAAGAAAAAUGGCCCGUACAAAGCAGACCGCCCGCAAGUCCACUGGGGGGAAGGCUCCCCGUAAGCAGCUGGCAACCAAGGCGGCUCGGAAAAGCGCUCCCUCUACCGGUGGCGUCAAGAAGCCUCACCGCUACAGGCCGGGCACUGUCGCCCUCCGUGAGAUUCGUCGCUACCAGAAAUCCACGGAGCUGCUGAUCCGCAAGCUGCCCUUCCAGCGGCUGGUCAGGGAAAUCGCCCAGGAUUUCAAAACAGACUUGAGGUUCCAGAGUGCAGCCAUCGGUGCGCUGCAGGAGGCCAGCGAAGCAUAUCUGGUGGGUCUGUUUGAAGAUACAAACCUGUGCGCCAUCCAUGCCAAGAGAGUCACCAUCAUGCCCAAAGAUAUCCAGUUGGCUCGCAGGAUACGGGGAGAGAGGGCUUAAGUGAAGGCUGUUUUUAUGGUGUUUUGUAGUAAAUUCUGUAAAAUACUUUGGUUUUAAUUUGUGACUUUUUUUGUAAGAAAUUGUUUAUAAUAUGUUGCAUUUGUACUUAAGUCAUUCCAUCUUUCACUCAGGAUGAAUGCUAAAAGUGACUGUUCACAUAAACCUCAGUGAUGUUGAGCCUCGGUGCUCAGGAGUGACAAGUUGCUAAUAUGCAGAAGGGAUGGGUGAUCUUUCUUGCUUCUCAUGCAUGUUUCUGUAUGUUAAUGACUUGUUGGGUAGCUAAACUUGUAAGGUACUAGAAUUGAUAUAAAUGUGUACAGGGUCCUUUUGCAAUAAAACUGGUUAUGACUUGA